AUGUCGAGAGUAGUGAGGGGUCGGACACUACAUGUGUUGGACACAAAUGUGGACCAAUUUCUGGGCAUUCCUUACGCCGAACCCCCGGUCGGCAAACUUCGGUUCGCUACACCCGAACCCAUUACUAAACCAUUUGCUGAAGUAAUCGAUGCGACACAACCCAAACACUCAUGUAUUCAAUGGUUACCAAUCCCGGGCACAACCGUCAGUGAGGACUGUCUGGUGCUUAACAUAUGGACAACAAAUACCACAGCAUUAAAGCCAGUGAUGUUUUGGAUACACGGAGGGAGUCUUAAUAUAGGAUCAAUUUUUCAAGACUAUUAUAACGGGAGCGCUUUGGCCACCAAUGAUGUGGUGGUUGUGUCCGUCAGCUCGCGUACAACAACUCGUAAAAGUAAACCCUUUGCGACUCUUUGA